AUGGCGGCGGCGGCGGCGGCAGAGGGGCCCCCGCUGCCUGGCCCGCCGGGGGGCCGCCCGCGGCCCGUCUGCUCGCGGCCCUAUUUCCUGGUGCUCAUGGUCUUCGCGCACCUCUACGUGCUCAACGUCCUGGGGCUGCUGCUCUUCGUGCACCUCAGCGCCGGCGAGCCCGGCGGCCCGCCGCCCCCCGCCGCCGCCGCGCCGCCGCCGCCCGCCCGCGCCCUCCCGCGCCUCGAGGGCAUCAAGGUGGGCCACACGCAGCGGGUGGAGCUGGUGCCCGGGCGGGCCCACGCCGUGCGCACCCUCAGCCUCAAGCCGCUGCUCUUCGAAAUUCCAGACUUCCUGACAGAGGAGGAAUGCAAGCUGAUCAUCCAUCUGGCACAGCUGAAGGGGCUGCAGAAAAGCCAGAUCCUACCAACAGAUGACUACGAGGAAGCCAUGGAAAUGAUAGAAAUCAGCCAGAUGGAUAUUUUCAAUCUGCUGGACCACAAUCAGGAUGGGCAGCUGCAACUCAAAGAGGUGCUGACCCACACCCGCCUUGGGAAUGGCAGGUGGAUGACCCCUGAAAAUAUCCGAGAGAUGUACACUGCAGUCAAGGCCGAUCCUGAUGGGAACGGUGUGCUGAGUUUGGAGGAGUUCAAACAAUUGAACAUCCGUGAUUUCCACAAAUACAUGGGAACUCAGAAAGUGAAGAUGAGUGACCUGGUGCGGAACAGCCAGCACACCUGGCUGUACCAGGGUGAGGGGGCGCACCAGGUCAUGAGAGCCAUACGGCAAAGGGUAAUGCGCCUGACUCGCUUGCCCCCAGAGAUUGUGGAGCACAGCGAGCCCCUCCAGGUUGUGCGGUAUGAUCAAGGAGGGCACUACCAUGCCCACAUGGACAGUGGCCCUGUGUUCCCUGAGACUGCCUGCAGCCACACCAAGCUAGUCGCCAAUGAGAGUGCUCCCUUUGAGACCUCAUGCCGCUAUGUGACAGUUCUGUUCUACCUGAACAACGUGACUGGGGGAGGCGAAACAGUCUUUCCUAUAGCUGAUAACAGGACAUAUGAAGAAAUGUCUCUGAUCCAGAAUGAUACUGACCUGCGAGAUACUCGGAAAAAUUGUGAUAAGGGCAAUUUGCGAGUGAAACCUCAACAAGGCACUGCUGUCUUCUGGUACAACUACCUGUCGGACGGAGAAGGCUGGGUGGGGGAGCUGGACGACUUCGCCCUGCACGGAGGCUGCCUCGUCACCCGAGGGACCAAGUGGAUCGCCAACAACUGGAUCAACGUGGACCCCAACCGGCGGCGGCAGCUGCAGUUCGAGCAGGAAAUGGCGCGCUAUGCGGGGGCCGAGGCCGGGGUCCCGGGCGAGUGGACGGUGGAUAAAGCCUACAGCGGCGUGCACGUGGAGCUGUAGGGCCGGGGCGGUGGCUCAGCCCAGCCCAGCCCCUGGCGCGGAGGCCCGGCGGGGCGGGGGUCGGGCCGGCAGCGGCUCCGCGCGCGCACGUGGCUUUUUCCCGCGCUGACGGGGGGGCGGGGCCUCGGGGCGCGCC